AAUAUUCGCUUUAUUUCUUACUUGCAAGUUGCCACAUCCAAAUCCAAUUCCAAGCAGCAUUGUUCUUGCACAGCCGCAACAACGCAAAGAGAGGGAAGAAGAAAUGGAAGCCAUGGCCGUGUUUACCGGAAGCAAUAUCUCUAUAACAUCAUCCUCUCUCCUAAGCACCACCACCAACUCAAAUACAACAACAAGAAGAAUAAGAAUAACCUCUCAAUUACGAACCAGUGCCACCCACUUAUCUGCAUUUCCUUCAAAAUCCCAUCUUUUUUCAUCUUCUUCUACUUCUUCCUAUGCCAAAACUAUCCGCACCAGAACCGGCACCGAAUCCGGCAUCUUCCUUCCCCGCUUAAUGGCUGCUCUUGAACAAGUUGACCAAACUUACAUUAUGGUGAAGCCCGACGGCGUGCAACGUGGUCUUGUGGGUGAAAUUAUUUCUAGGUUUGAGAAGAAGGGGUUUAAGUUAACUGGCUUGAAGCUCUUCCAAUGUUCAAAAGAAUUAGCUGAGGAGCAUUACAAGGACCUAAAACAAAAGCCUUUCUUCCCUGCGAUGAUUGACUACAUUACUUCAGGUCCUGUUGUAUCCAUGGCUUGGGAGGGUAUUGGAGUAGUGCCAUCAGCACGUAAGCUUAUAGGGGCUACAGAUCCUCUUCAAGCUGAACCAGGCACGAUAAGAGGAGACCUUGCUGUUCAAAGAGGAAGGAAUGUUAUUCAUGGCAGUGACAGUCCUGAAAAUGGCCAGCGUGAAAUAGCUCUAUGGUUCAAGGAAGGCGAAUUAUGCGAGUGGACUCCUGUCCAAGAACCAUGGCUAAUAGAGUAAUAAAUCAAGGAUGCACAGUGACAAUGAUAUAUGCUGUUUUUAUGUUCAAUAAUUUGUUUACUUGUUCUCAGUUUUCAAUGUAGCACUCCUUUAACCUCUGUUUCAACAGUUACUCAGAAAUUUUUAUAAAAUUUUGUAUUCGAGUUGUAUCCAA